AUGGUGGCUUUAAAGAAAAUUUUUUCUACGGAGCGCAGGUUGACUCGCAAGUCGAACGGACCCGACUGCGAGGACACAGCCUCACAAAAACCAUGUAUGGAUAACGUUCGAUCACCAGUCCAACCGAAACGGUCAAGUGUUUCACCCGGUAGUCCUCAAUCCCCAUGCUCUCUCUCUUUUGGCUGGAGGGGCACACCAGAGGAUAAUUGGGCAAACCAAUUCGAUCAAAUCGACAGUCAUUUCGAGCAUCUAAAUCAAACUCUGGACCCGAAUGCAGAGUUGCAGCACACACCGGCCACACCAAAGAACGUUGUUGGUGUAGUUCCUAGUGCUCGGCAUGUUGAUUUGAUGGCCGCUAUUGCGCCGAACGAUCAUCCUGGCGAUUUCAGCUCUUCGCAUGCGCCGCCCAGAGCGAGGAUUUACAAUGAGGACAUCGCGGAGCGUAACAUGACAAGGUUUCUACGCAUACAGCAUCGAAGUGGACUCACAAGCUCCCGGACUGUCUCUGCUCUUUUCCAGGAGGAUGUUGCGGACAGAAAUAUCGCGAAGUAUUGCAAAGAAUCCAUAACACUGCCAUCACCGAGUUCUCAAUUUCCUGCUCCCACACCAGGAAAAGUUCGCAAUCUCGCUUCAGAGUCACGAAGAAAGCGGACCAUGGGAAAUCUCAAUUGGACCUCUGAUGGCGACCUGCGAGCCACUACCAUCUUUUCAGGCUCCACCGUGGAUGAUUCGUCAAGUUGCUCGGAGGCCAAACUCCGGCAAUGGAAAUCAGUGCCAAGUUUGUUGUCGGAUGAAAACGUCGACAAAUCACUGGAUUCUCCAACACAAUUCUUGGGCAUUCCACCAGCCUAUAAACGCGGCCAGCGAUGGAGCAAUAGGCCCUUGCCGGAUAGCCCCACGCUUCCUCUCACCAUCGAUGAAACAGAGAAUAGGCGUGAGAUUUGCAGGGAGCGGUUUUUUGUGCAGCGACCAGACAGUACAAACGGCUCGACCUCACCCUCGAUCUCCAAUUCAUUGUCGCCUUCUUCGUCUGGGUUGACUGGUUCCCGAAGGAAUGUGCGAGAUUUGUCGAUCAACACGGAGCUAGCAGCCCGGGGUCGGCCGAAAAUCACGCAUCGCGCCAUUCAACCUCCUACGCCCUCGGCAUUCGAGGAUAAUCCGGCUCCUAGCAUUGCUGAGAUUAUGCACAGUCCUCUGCCUGAGUCGAGUCCCCCCGACCCUUCACCAGGUUUCAAGGUCGCUGAAAUGAUGGAUCUUCUCAGCAAGGCGAGCUUCUCGACCCAGGAAAUUAGCACUCAUCCGACGUAUGAGACCCUGCAAGAUGCCAUAGUUCGAGAGAUCAAUUCCCACGACGCAUUCAAGAGGGUCUCUCUUCCAGUCCCAGGUCCUCUUUUCACCCCAACCCCAGAUCAAGAGAUGUUUGAUCGUCCGCCUCAGCCCACUGGCCCAGGACUGGGCCGUAGUCUUUCGAACAGGUCCUUUUCAAAAUUAAUGAGGAAAGCCUCGUUCAAAAAGCCGAGCAGAAGUGCCGAAGACCGACGAAGCACGUCCAUAAGUGUCUCAUCCAAGCCUCAUGAGGGCCUGUUUCGCAGAGUCUCACUCUCAUCGUCACGCAGACGACACACAGACGCCCCGCCUCCCUCCUCGGAGCUUCUCGUUGAUAAGAACGCAACGCAGGAUGCCGCCACCGUUCCAUAUCUGAGCUACAUGGAUGUACUUCGCGAUGCCAGUAGCGGAAAGCUCGAUUCCUCCUGUCCGAAACGUUCCAAGUCCCUCCGGAAGCUUCAGCGCCAGGAACCGACACCCAAAACCUUGAGUGUCGUUCGUGUGAACUCGAAGGAGCCUAUCACUCCGGAUAGCAUUGCAUCCGUUCAUUGUCUUCAAGCGCAGUCCUUCUCUUCACAUAGCUGGCAGAACAGUGAGGCGCACGAAGAAAGCGACGAUGAUAUCAUCCACCUUCCAAGUGUCGACGUGUCGCCUCCCCGUGUGCAGGUCAAUGCUGUUGAUGAAAAUAACGUCCGAUAUUUGAUCGACUCUUCCAUGGCACCUGAGGCCCACAGGCUUAUCAACUGGCCCAGGCGCUCAAAUCGAGGCAAAUACGACUCGCCAGCCUUAGCCCCUUUGGAUCCCACCCAGCCUCGCGGUAGUUCCCCCGUGCGGACAUCUUGA